CUUCCUCCUCCCCGAGUCCAAGCCGACGCCGCCGCCGCGCGCGCGGGGCCUGGAACACACGGCACGAGCCGCCCCCGCCCCUCCCCCCUUACGCCCACGCGGAGCCGGCCCCGCGCGCGCGCCCCGUGCACCCUCGCGCCUGCGCGCUGCCCAGGCCCUGCCCGUGUGUGGGGGGCGCCGCCGGCCCCGGGGGGGUGGGGAAAAUAGGGGAUAAAAAAAACAGCGCGCGGAACCGGGCCAGGGUUGCCCACCCCCGCCACAAUGGCCUCUGGGGUGGAAGUCCUGCGCUUCCAGCUGCCCGGCCACGAGGCCGCUACGCUACGGAACAUGAACCAGCUCCGGGCAGAGGAGCGGUUCUGCGACGUGACCAUUGUGGCCGACAGCCUCAAGUUUCGAGGCCACAAGGUCAUCUUGGCCGCCUGCUCACCGUUCCUGCGGGAUCAGUUCCUGCUGAACCCCAGCUCGGAGCUGCAGGUCUCCCUGAUGCACAGUGCACGCAUUGUGGCCGACCUGCUCCUCUCCUGCUACACGGGCGCCCUGGAAUUCGCUGUUAGGGACAUCGUCAACUACCUGACGGCAGCCUCCUACCUGCAGAUGGAGCACGUGGUGGAGAAAUGCCGGAAUGCCCUCAGCCAGUUUAUUGAGCCCAAAAUAGGCCUCAAAGAGGAUGGGGUCAGUGAGGCUAGCCUUGUGAGCAGCGUCAGCGCCACCAAGUCCCUCCUCCCUCCAGCCAGGACCCCAAAGCCAGCCCCGAAGCCCCCACCCCCACCUCCUCUACCCCCUCCACUCCUGCGGCCCGUGAAGCUGGAGUUCCCACUGGAUGAGGACUUGGAGCUAAAAGCCGAGGAAGAGGAUGAGGAUGAGGACGAGGACGUGUCUGACAUCUGCAUUGUCAAGGUGGAGUCGGCCCUGGAGGUGGCACACCGGCUCAAACCCCCCGGAGGCCUGGGAGGGGGUCUGGGUAUUGGAGGCUCCGUGGGUGGCCACCUUGGGGAGCUGGCCCAGAGCAGCGUGCCCCCCAGCACUGUAGCUCCACCGCAGGGUGUGGUGAAGGCCUGCUAUAGCCUGUCCGAGGACGCGGAAGGGGAGGGCCUGCUGUUGAUUCCCGGAGGCCGGGCCAGCGUGGGGGCCACCUCUGGCCUGGUGGAAGCAGCAGCGGUGGCUAUGGCUGCCCGGGGGGCGGGGGGCAGCCUAGGGGCGGGGGGCAGCCGGGGACCCCUGCCUGGGGGCUUCUCAGGUGGAAACCCCUUAAAGAACAUCAAAUGCACCAAGUGCCCGGAAGUGUUCCAGGGCGUGGAGAAGCUGGUCUUCCACAUGCGGGCGCAGCACUUCAUCUUCAUGUGCCCUCGCUGUGGCAAGCAGUUCAACCACAGCAGCAACCUCAACCGCCACAUGAACGUGCACCGUGGUGUCAAGUCACAUUCGUGCGGCAUCUGCGGCAAGUGCUUCACCCAGAAGUCCACCCUGCACGACCACCUCAAUCUGCACUCGGGAGCGCGGCCCUACCGCUGCUCCUACUGCGACGUGCGCUUCGCCCACAAGCCUGCCAUUAGGCGGCACCUCAAGGAGCAACACGGCAAGACCACGGCCGAGAACGUGCUGGAGGCCAGCGUGGCCGAGAUCAACGUCCUCAUCCGCUAACCGCGCAGGCGUGGAGGCCAGGAGCCUAGGGGUCCCUGGGCUGGGUGGGAAGAGGGCUCUUUGGCCCAGGAGAAUUGAGGGGUGGGGGGGGUCUGGGGCAGAAAGGUAGAGUGGGAGGCUGAGCACACUCACGCAUCUUGAGAGAGGGAAGAUGAUUCCUUGGAGAGAAGACUUGCUCUGCAGAGCGCAAGGAGCUGGAGCUGGGGACAGGGUUCUUGGAGUAGGCCAGGGUAAUACGGGGGUCCCAGAGAAAGAUUUCCUUCUCUUAGAGGUGCAUGUAUAUGUGGAGGGAGGGAAAAGGGUCCUAUAGAA